UUCCGUUUAGUUCAGUAAAUUGCACAUGCUGCGAUCUCACUUUAGUUUUAAUGUAGACUGACUUAGCUCCAGAAUGUACUUCUUUUUUCUGCUUAUUCGACGGGCGCACUAUAGUUGGUAUACGGCAAAUACCAAAUCGAGAAUUCGGAUUAUUGUUACCGGAAUCUUUACAGUCGGCGCAAUAGUGCUUACUUAUGUUCAGUGCCGUGCGAUGGUAAGGCAAUCCCUUCAGAGGAACAUACCAACGGAAGGGAGUUCAUUGCAGGGGAGUUCAUUGCAGGGGAGUUCAUUGAGUCCAGGCGAUAUGCGGAUAAAGAUUAAGGAUAUGAUGCUGCAUGCCUGGCGAGGCUAUGCUCGCGUUGUUUGGGGCACCAACGAGUUUCGUCCGAUUUCCCGUCGUGCCCAUGUGGGUGGCGAUUUCGCGUCCUACAAACUCGGUGCCACUAUCAUCGAGAGCUUGGACACUUUGCAUUUGAUGGGUCUGCACAAUGAGCUAAAUCGUUCUCGGAAUUGGAUCGAAAAGUCAUUCUCCUUGGACCGAAUUGAUGAAGCGUUGUCCGUUUUUGAACUGACAUCCAGGCUGCUCUGUCCUAUGCUAACACUCUAUUCCCUCACGGGAGAUUCCCUUUACAUGGAUAAGGCCAUCCAUAUUGCCGAUAAGAUCCUGCCUGCCUUCGACACGCCAACUGGCAUACCCAGACAACUAGUGGUCCCAAAAGCGGGCAGCACCCUCUGGAAGUAUCUAAGCGACGUUUCUCGCACUGCAGAAUUUGGAGCUCUGCACCUGGAGUUCUAUUACCUCAGCGAAAUUUCUGGAUAUCCGGUUUACAAGGAUCGGGUGGAUGCUAUUCGCCGGGUAUUAGCUAAAACCCCAAGACCCAAUGGCCUUUAUCCCAAUGCGUAUUGCACUAGAUAUGGUAAAUGGGAAAACCACAACUGCUCGGUGAACCGACUUUAUGAUACCCUGCUGAAGUCAUGGAUUCAAUCCGGGCGAGCUGAUACCCAAAAUGCUGAUAUUUUCAAAGAAGCCUUGUUGGCUGUGGCGCAAAAUCUUGUUGUCAUCAAUGCCGAGGACGUGACCUACGUAUCCACGUACAGAAAUGGCACUCUUUUCCAUCGUAUGAGGCACUCAGAAUGUUUUGUCGGCGGCCUUUUUGCCCUGGGAGCAACAGAAACCUUAUUGAAGCACUGGGAAAAGUAUGUCCAGAUGAGCAUAGGCCUAACAGAUACUUGCCACGACAGCUACUGGAAUUCUCCCACUCGGUUGGGCCCGGAUACGUUUGCCUUCACGGAGGAAGGCCAGAAGGAAAUAGAGCCGCUCCAGAGAAACUUUUACAACCUAAGGCCGGAAGUGGCGGAAACCUACUUCAUUCUUUGGCGCAUGACCCAUUAUCCAAAGUACCGCUCGUGGGGACUUGAGAUGGUGCAAGCGAUAGAGAAGUACUGCCGAAAGCCCUACGGAUAUACGGGUGUGCUGGACGUUAAUAACGUAACUGCGGAGCCGGAUGACGUGCAAAGGUCUUUCUUCUUGGGCGCCACUCUGAAGUACUUGUACCUGCUCUUUUCCGAUGACGAAGUGGUUUCGCUGGCUCAGUGGGUCUUCAACAGUGCAGGCCAUUUCCUGCCCAUCAAGGGCGCUAACCCCAUGUAUCGUCCACAUUACUCAUCGGACGAAGCACUAGCCAAUCACCAAAAUAUUUAAAGUUUAACUUUUAAUGCAGACAUGUAUAAAAAACUUGUGUAAUCUAAUACUUUCACAA